AUGUCAUUCUCUGAACAGAAUAGUAGACAGUUGUUUGAGAGAUGUCAGAACAAUCAGGUGAAGGAAGCACUGUCAUUGCUGGAUAGAGUGACCGAAAUGAGGAUCAAUGUCAAUCAAAGAUUCAUUGGUGGAUGUACUUGUGCAUUCUUUGCAGCGUUCAAUGGCAGCGUAGAAUUGAUGAAGAAGUUAAUAGAAUGUGGAGCGGACACUAGUAUUACAGAGGACAAUGGCGUUACACCAUUCGCUGUUGCAUGCGUCCAGGGCAAGCCCGGCAUUGUCGAGUGUCUGCUCUCCUCAGACUCUGGUCAACGACUGGACCAGAAUCAGAUUGUCACUGGACUCACUGCUGCAUGUCAAUACGGCUCGCCACAAAUCGUCCGUCAACUGCUGGCCACGGGCGUCGACAUCAAUAUGCGCAUCGAUGAUGAGGGCGCCACACUGCUCUACGCAGCAGUCGAGACCGCACAAGAGGAAGUUGUUACAUUGCUGCUGGGGAACGGUGCCAAGACCAACCUGCCUCGAUCGCACUACUAUCCCAUUCAAGUGGCCACACAGAUAUCACACUAUGGCAUCAUGGAGAGGUUGCUGAAGGCCAAGGCAGACCCAAAUGCUCAGACAUCAGAUGGUGCCACUGCAAUGCUCAUCGCUGCACAGAAUGGAAACAUUCGCGCAGUUGACCUGCUCGCCAAGUAUAAAGCAUCACCAAACAUUCAGAUGACAACCGAUGGAUCGAGUUGUUUGUACGUGGCCUGUGCCAGACAUCAUUAUAACACGGCGAUUGCACUGAUGGAGGUGCCAGGCAUCGAUGUGGACUUGGCCAUGAAGGAUGGAUCAACAGUCCUGCACGUUCUCAGUCAGUAUGGCAAUGUCAAGUUGAUCACAGAGCUGUUCAAACGAUUCCCCUCGAUCAAGUUUGAUACCAAGCGUAAAGAUGGUCUCACCCCACUAUUGACGGCUGCGAGACAUGGCCAACACGAGAUCUGUCAACUACUCUAUGAGCAUGGAGCCGACAUCCAUGUUCAAGUCGAUGGGGAGACACCACUAGAUGUAGCCACACGUUAUGGAAGAAGUGAUACAAUCAGAGUGUUGAAAGAGGCAUUGGAAAAGGAAAGAAGUAAACAGCAACAGCAACAGUAG